AUGGGCCCAAGAAAGCCAGAAAUAGAAUAUAUUUCACUUAAAAAGUUACAAUUACAAAAACAAAAAGGACCUGAUGAUACAACAAAGGAGGCGUAUAGUUGUCUCAAAAGACUCGCAAAUAAUGCUUUAAAGAGUGGGCCAUUUAGUGUUACAUUUGGAAAAAAGGAACCUCAUAUUGCCCCAUCUGGUGAUAUCCGUGAUUUUCUUAGUUAUGCACCGUAA